CGAGGUCGUCGGCGGCGUAUCAAAUACCAGACACUACCACUACACCAACACCAAACCCCAUCUUCACGUUCUUCUUCAUCCAAAAUGGGAGGCACUCGCGCUGCUAAGGAGGCUUGGUUCGUUCGUCUCAACGAGGCCCUCGACACCUUCCCCUCCAUCUUCAUCGUCAAUGUCGACAAUGUCGGAUCUCAGCAGAUGCACCAGAUUCGUCACACCCUUCGUGGCAAGGGUACCGUCCUCAUGGGCAAGAACACCAUGGUUCGCCGUGCCCUUCGUCUGAUCAUCUCGGAGAAGCCCCAAUUCGAGAAGCUCAUGCCCUUCGUCAAGGGAAACAUCGGCUUCGUCUUCACCUCCGGUGACCUCAAGGACAUCCGUAACCAGAUCCUGGCCAACCGUGUCGCUGCCCCCGCUCGUGCCGGUGCUUUCGCUCCUGCCGACGUCAUCGUCAAGGCCGGCAACACCGGUAUGGAGCCCGGCAAGACGUCCUUCUUCCAGGCUCUCGGUGUCCCCACCAAGAUCGCCCGUGGUACCAUUGAGAUUGUCUCCGAUGUCAAGGUCGUCUCUGGUGGCACGCGCGUCGGUUCGUCCGAGGCCACGCUGCUCAACAUGCUCAACAUCUCGCCGUUCACCUACGGAAUGAGCGUGACGCAGAUCUACGACAACGGACAGACCUUCGAGUCGGACGUCCUCGACGUUUCCGAGGAGACCCUCGUCGAGCGCUUUGCUCUGGGUAUCAAGCAGAUGGCUUGCCUCUCGCUCGCUCUCAACUACCCUACCAUCGCCUCGGUCAACCACGUCCUUGUCAACUCGUACAAGAACCUCAUUGCCAUCUCGCUGGCCACCGACUACGAGUUCGAGGGCUCUGCCAAGGCCAAGGAGUACCUUGCCAACCCCGAGGCUUUCGCCGCCGCCGCUCCCGUCGCUGCCGCUGCCGCUGCCGACGCCCCGGCUGCUGCUGCCGAGGAGAAGGAGGAGGAGAAGGAGGAGUCCGACGACGACAUGGGCUUCGGUCUCUUCGACUAAGCGUUGCGCCGACACAAGGGGUCACGUCGUUCAAUCGCGUGCCCUCGUUCAGCCGCGACCAUAUAUUUGCAAUGCAGAUCUCAGCUUUGCAGCCCUCAAAGUACCGUGUGAUUGGUGUGAAGGCAGUGGCGUGCAAAAGAUGAAGGGGAAGAUACCUCUGAUGCGUUUGGCACGGCUCUCGCCGUUGUGUAUGUCGUGUCCGUGACUCAGAUCUAUUUCCACAUGACUGAUCGUGACCAGGGUCCACGUCUAUCGUCCCAUCGUUCAUCCGCCGCCAGCGCCAGUACCGUCCCUCUGUUGAUGCUUCCCCUUCCCUCCUCGCUGAGGGUGCUGCUGACCGCGAAGCUGCUCA